GGCCACGCCUUCAGGAGUAAGACAUGGUGGUGUCGGAGCUGGCAGCACGCCUCAAUUGCGCCGAAUACAAAAACUGGGUGAAAGCAGGACACUGCUUGCUGCUGCUACGCAGCUGUCUGCAGGGUUUCAUAGACCGCGAAGUGCUCUCCUUCCAUCGUGGACUGCUGGCUGCAGUCCCUGGCCUUGGUCCCCACGCCACCUGCCGCGGCGGUUCCCGGUGCAGCCCUCGCGCUCGUCAGUUUCAGCCUCAGUGUCAGGUGUGCACAGAGUGGAAACGCGAGAUCUUGAGGCAUCACAUGAACAGAAAUGGAGACGUGCACUGGGGAAAUUGCAGGCCUGGCCUCUGGCCCGUGGACCCUUGGGAGGUAGCCAAGGCCUUCAUGCCCCGAGGACUGACUGACAAGCGAGGACCUGAGGAAUGUGAUGCAGUUGCUCUUUUAAGUCUCAUCAACUCCUGCGAUCACUUUGUGGUUGAUCGGAAGAAGGUCACAGAGGUUAUUAAGUGUCGAAAUGAAAUAAUGCACUCUUCAGAGAUGAAAGUUUCAUCUACUUGGCUUCAAGAUUUUCAGAUAAAGAUCCAAAAUUUUCUAAACGAAUUCAAGAAUAUUCCAGAGAUUGUAACGGUAUAUUCCAGAAUAGAACAGCUUUUGACAUCUGACUGGGCUGUUCACAUCCCUGAGGAAGAUGAACGAGAUGGGUGUGAAUUUGAAACAGGAAGUUACUUGAGUGUGAGCCAAAUCCAUGAAAUCGAAAUAGAAUUGCUGAAGGAAAAACUGCAAGAGAUGUAUCUUCAAGCAGCAGAAGAAGAGGUGUUGCCGGAAGAGAUCUCAAAUCAACUGGAUGUGGUGAAAGGGUUUCUGAGAAGCAACACAGAUCUUAGAAGUGGCCUUACAGAAGAUUUGCAGAAGCUAGACACCCUCCAUCUACAGCAUCAAAAACAAACUUCAAAGGAUGCAGGGAGACAGACACCUGAAAGGGAGGCUUGAGGUCCUUGAGAAGACUUCAGGAGUAAAGCAAGAUUUUGCAUUUAUUUUGCAACUUUGUCAAAGAAAAAAAGCCAAUUCCCAACUAGAUCUGAAGUACAAAACAUAGAAUAUUGAUUCACUAACCCACAGAGACCUGGUUUCUAACUGUAGGAAGUUGGAGAUCCAAACCUCUUUCAUUUUAUACCUGUCUAGUUAGUUUGUCCUUAUCAAUUCAGCACACACCAAGUGUCAACCCUGUGCCAGACACUGAAGUAGAUACAAGUGUUAACAAGUGGUGAACUCCAGUCUUGACACUUUUAUCUGCCACUCUGACAGUUCAAAGGUUAUUGUUCAGAGAACUAUACUAGUAGUAACAUUUUAUUGAAUUGAAACAAAAAGGAAGGCCCUUGUUUAAAGAGCUCUGAAGCAGAUGUGAAUGCGGAGGUAUCAGCAUAUCGGCAUCUCUUUUACAGAACUGUACAUCUGUAUGUCCAAAUGGAUGUUCACCAGUAGAGGACCUAUUAAAUAAGGUGGAGAACAUUUGUACUAUGCCACAGAACUAUUCUAAAGAAUGAUCCCAUGCUGAAGUGCAGUGAUAUGAAUUACCUGUGAGGCAUCUAAAGCAAAGAAAUGGUUUGAGAGGGUGGAGUGCAGCUCACUGGUGGGGCGCUUGCUUGCCCAGAAUGUACAAUGCAUUGAAUAGAUUGCUCUUGCACUGCCAAAAGCAAAUAAAAUAGGAAAGCAAAGUAUUUAAUAAUCCCUAGCGCUGUAGUGCCAUUUGUGUUCUGUAAUAACUGAGGUCUGGAAAGGUAUGGUUUGUUUUCCCAGUCUUCUGUGUUAUGUCUCUGAGAGGAAUUGGGGCUUUGGGCAGUAGUCAGAAGGAAUUGAGUUUUUCUGUUUUAUAUAUUCUUUUUUAUAAUAAAAUGCA